CUGCCUAAAUCCUCUCGGCGACUUCAUUGACGCGGCCGGUCACUGGGAAGGAGCGCACCUGUGCACAGGGACUGUCACUUGCCCCGCAACAACAGAACCAUGAGCGGACGCGUCGGCGACCUCAGCCCGAAGCAGGCUGAAAUGUUGCAAGAGUUUCGAGGAAGAGUUCAGGACAUAUCGCCUCAGCUGCCUUCCCAGAGCGACCAUUACCUCCUACGCUGGCUAAGAGCCAGGACAUUCAAUAUAGAAAAAUCUGAGAGUAUGCUGAGAAAGCAUGUGGAGUUUCGCAAGCACAUGAAAGCAGACACAAUUAUUGAAGACUGGAAGCCACCCGAGGCGAUCGAGAAAUAUGUGUCAGGUGGAAUGUGUGGCUAUGACAAGGAAGGCAGUCCGAUCUGGUAUGACAUCAUCGGACCAUUGGACCCAAAGGGUCUGUUGAUGUCCGUCACUAAGCAGGACUUUAUAAGAACCAAGGUGCGGGACACAGAGUUGCUGCGGAAAGUGUGUGAGCAGCAGUCUGCCCAGCUUGGUACACAUGUGGAAGCCAUCACCCUGAUCUAUGACUGCGAGGGUCUUGGUAUGAAGCACUUGUGGAAGCCUGCUAUAGAGGCCUAUGGAGAUAUCCUCACCAUGUUUGAAGAAAACUACCCAGAGGGCCUCAAAAGGGUUUUUCUCAUCAAGGCACCCAAACUCUUCCCAGUUGCUUUCAACCUUGUGAAGCAUUUCUUGUGUGAGGAGACUCGCCGCAAGAUUAUUGUGCUUGGAGGGAACUGGAAGGAUGUACUGAGGGAGUACAUUGAUGAAGACCAGCUUCCUGUAGCCUAUGGAGGUUCACUGACAGACCCUGAUGGAAAUCCACUCUGUAAGACAAAGAUUAAAUAUGGUGGUGUGGUACCAAGGUCUUACUACGUCCAGGACUCUAUAAACGUGCAGUAUGAUCAGACUUUGUCCAUCAGAAGAGGCUCAUCUUUUCAGCUGGAGCAAGAGGUCUUCUGCUCAAGCAGCAUGCUACGGUGGCAGUUUGCCAGUGAGAGUGCAGACAUUGGCUUCGGGGUGUUUCUGAAGACAAAGGGCACAGACAAACAGGGGGUGGCAAACAUGGUAGAGGUGCUGCCCAGUGAGCGCUACAAUGCCCAUUUUGUGCCGGAGGAUGGAUCCCUUACCUGUGCGGAGCCCGGAAUAUAUGUUCUGCGUUUUGACAACACCUACAGCGUGCUUCAGUCCAAGAAGGUCAGCUUCAGUGUGGAGGUCUUGACCCCUGAGGGUCACUCACAGCCAUGCAAUCGCAGGGAGGCCCAUCUUGAGUAGAGCUUCCCUACACCUGGCUUACAUUACCACUUCACCAGCAUUAGGAGAUAGCGUUGUUAUUGAUGAGAGGACACAUUUCUGAACACAGGCAUGUCAGAAAAAUAUUAUAUCAUUUUCAUCCCUGUCUUAAAAGUAUGUGGAGACAUUAUACUCCAUUCCUAUGUCAUGAGGAUUAUUUCUGCUGUUAGACCGGAGAUCUUUAACAGAUGGAGACUGUUCUGUAUACAGAGAUAUGCAAUUUUGAGCGGGCAGUUUCAAAUGUGUAAAGAACAAUCUUCCCAGUGUGUGCAAUGAUAACAUUGACUUCACAUAAUUUUAUAUAAUAUUUAUUUAGAUGCAAAUGUAAUCAUUGAUUUAACAGAUUCGUGGAUUUGACUGUAUAUAUUGAUUUUUAAUCAUGGUUCCCUGAAAAAAUAUUACAAUAUAUGGAUCCCUUUAGGUAAAACAAGCAAGCACAGUGCUAUUCGUGUUUAUCAUCGCUAGAUGGUACCCUCUCCAAACUGAAAAUUCAAGCCCGGACAAUUCGGUCAUAUAUUUUUGUAAUCGGGUGAAAAUAAAAACAUCUGUCGAAGAAAA